AUGGCGGACAACAGGAAGCCCGACGACUUUACAAUUGAGAUGGACAAGUUGGAGCAGAACAAAAAUUUCCAGGCGCCGCCGCCUCCGCCCCAGCCCAGAAGUUCCCCGUCGAGCUCGGUUUCCAAUAAUGCCGCUCUCUCCGUCCUGGCGUACUGCGGCUCGUCCAUUUUGAUGACUGUGAUGAACAAAUAUGUCCUCUCCUCGGACUUCAACCUCAACUUCUUCCUCCUCUGUGUGCAGUCUCUUGUCUGUAUCAUCGCUAUCCAAACUUGCAAGACAUGUGGCCUUAUCACGUACCGCGACUUUAAUCUGGAUGAGGCUCGGAAGUGGUUCCCCAUCACUCUUCUUCUUAUCGGCAUGAUUUACACCGGGUCGAAGGCACUGCAGUUUCUCUCUAUUCCCGUGUACACGAUCUUCAAGAACUUGACUAUCAUUCUCAUUGCCUACGGCGAAGUCUUAUGGUUUGGCGGCUCGGUGACAAACUUGACUCUCUUCUCUUUCGGGCUUAUGGUUUUCAGCUCCAUCAUCGCUGCCUGGGCUGAUAUCAAGCAUGCAGUUGAAAGCAGUGGCGAUGCGACCUCAAAGGUUUCCACUUUAAAUGCCGGCUACAUCUGGAUGUUGGUCAACUGUCUCUGCACGUCAUCUUAUGUUUUGGGAAUGCGCAAGCGAAUCAAGUUGACCAACUUCAAGGAUUUCGACACCAUGUUCUACAACAACCUUCUCUCUAUCCCCGUCCUCAUCGUCUGCUCCGGCUUCUUGGAGGACUGGUCUCCCGCUAAUGUCACCCGUAACUUCCCGCCUGCUGACCGCAACGGCAUUAUCUUUGCGAUGAUCAUGUCCGGAGCAUCGACGGUCUUCAUUUCGUACACUUCUGCCUGGUGCGUUCGCGUCACAUCGUCGACCACGUAUUCAAUGGUUGGCGCUCUCAACAAACUUCCUAUUGCGCUGUCUGGAUUGAUAUUCUUCGACGCUCCCGUUACGUUCCCUAGCGUUUCUGCCAUUAUGGUCGGCUUUGUGAGUGGCAUUGUCUAUGCCGUCGCAAAAAUCAAGCAAAACGCGCAACCCAAAGUCGGAAUUCUUCCUACCUCUAAUCCGGUCAGCGCCAGCAGCCAGAGUAUGAGGGACUCGCUGCGCCCGUGA